CGCUGGGCCCGGUUUCCAGCAGGUGCUGCUCCCCCCCAAUAGACCGAGCUUCAAAAAAAAAAAAAAAAAAAAAAAAAAAAAGGUCUGUUGAGGAUGCGGCAGAGAAAGAGGAGGAGGAGAGGAGGCAAAGGAUAAUGGUGAAGGCUCCAAGAGGCAGAAUUCCCAAAGAGCUUGUGGAUUUGGACUCCAGUAGCAGCAGUGACCUCGAGUAUCUCGUGUGGAAGGGCAAGUGUUGGAACGAGUCAUCAUGGGAGGACUGCAGCAAGGAGGAGGCAGGGGACUCCGAUUUCGAGCUCCGUGAGGCGGCGGCUGUCCCGGCAACCACAUAUGUUGGCAGGCAUACGCGGCGACGAGAGAGGGAUCUUGAGGUGGAGCCGAUGUCGGUUGUUGAUAGAGUGGAUACGGAUGUCGAAAUUUUGCUGCACCCCCACGACAAUCCGGGCGAGGAGGAGGCCACACGUGCUAAGGCAAUGGCAGACACGGAUGUUGAACUUGUGGACAGACGAAUGUGUGCAGAGGAGGCCCGUCAUGCUGUGCUCCCUACCUGCAGGGGCAGGCAGAAACACACUGCAGAGCACGACAAGCACAUCGAUGAGCCGGUGAAAAAUGUGGACAGGGCGGGCGGGGAGAACAAUCCAAUGCACGAAGAAGAGAAUGUGGUGCAGCAGGGCGGGUACGAAGGGCAGCGAGAGGAUGGACCACCUGCACACCAGGAGAUGGGGGUUAUUGAGCCAGCAAUGGAGAAGACCGGGCAACAGCAGCAGGAGGCUACGAAGGCAGGGAAAGAGCAGCCUGCAGGGUGUGUGAUGGUGGCUAAACUUGACUGGAACGAGUGUCACAGAAGUUAUGCCAGUGUUGCACUGCAGUCUGAAGUUUUGGUAACGUCAGCCGAUGCUGUUCCUCGACCAAAUGCAGUCUGGGGUCAAUCUUUCGACAUACAGCUCACACGUUGUACAGGCAGAUACUUWGUGGUGCUUGUCACUGUCAGCUGUGAAGGGGAUAGCAAAUAUGUUGGGGCCGCGUACAUCCGUACGUCUGCCCYCAUGAUAUUCAGUGGCGGAACAGGUGAUGAUUGGUUCAAACUGUGCUCCAACAAUACCUGGACAGACUCCAGAAUUCUGCUAAGGCUUGCAUUCAAAGAGCAGUCGUUGCUUCCGGGUSGUAMGUKGGAGAACGCAUCGASAGCAGGCCCUUCUGUCUUCUCUCUGAAGAAGGGUAACCGCGUGACUCUCUUCCAAGAUGCUCAUGUGCCAAACAGCUUCAACCCUCAAGUGCGGCUSGGGAGUGGGAGCAUCUUCACACAACAUAGACUCUGGGAAGAGCUAUGUACAUCAAUUCUAAAUGCAAGGYAUUUCAUUUACAUAGCUGGAUGGGACCUCCUCAAAAGUGUCGUACUGGUGAGAGAUGAGUCUCGGCCACAUCCUUGCUUGGGGAUGUCCCUAGAGGAACUGCUGCGAUCCAAGGCACACGAGGGYGUCAGAGUGCWGCUGUUGAUCUGGUGGGACAAUCYGGUGGAGAGCACAAACCCGCUGAUUGAAGCUGCUGUAGAGCUAAUUGSUGAUACGGGARCUCAUUCUGGCGAUUCGUGCCCAGCACUCUGUGGAGGGCAAAGUAMAAUCCACUGCGUUUUGCAGGGUCGCCAGAGAAUCGGAUUCAGUCACCAUCAGAAGCUGGUAAUAAUGGAUGCCCAAGACCCCRUAAGCCACAAUUAUAGCUCACCAAGGGUUGUUGAAGCCUAUAUUGGAGGCAUUGAUCUGACUAAAGGUCGUUUUGACACGCCAGAUCAUCCUCUGUUCCAGACUCUUCACAACUGGCAUAAAGACGAUCUGUACCAGCCCARCUGGGACGACACACARGGUGGCCCUCGCCAACCAUGGCACGACAUUCAUGCCAAGGUGGAGGGUCCUGGUGCAUGGGACAUCUUAAAGAACUUCGAGCAGAGGUGGAAAAAGCUAGAACCAGGCCACAUUUGUGGACCRCCUACAGAUGAUGAUUCGUUAAUUCCACCAAGCAUCUUACUCUUCGACUUYAGAAGGAACACCACGGUUUUCAAGUCACGGGAUGCCAUGGCAGUCCCAGAAGACGAUCCCGAAGCUUGGAAUGUGCACUUCAUUCGUUCUAUAGGUGAUCUGUCCGCAGUAGGAUUCCCCACUACUGGUGCAGGGCCUUUUGACAUGGGACAAUACUGAGAUCUUUCAACCGAUGACAUAAUGAACAGUGUCUACGAGC